AUGUUCAAAUCAUUCCUCGCUAAACCACCUGUCACUAGAGUGGGAUGGAGGAGAACUCCAUCAUCCUCUUUGUUCCCUCAGAGGAGAGCUCUUCAUCUAGCUCCACCGUUUCUCCUCGACGACUACCUACCUCGGUAUCAACUGCUGAGCCCAUCUGACGCUGCUAAGAAGAGGUCCGCCGCAUAUGCUCAUCUACGCAAGUGCAACCUCUGUCCACGCCUUUGUAAUGUCAAUCGCUACGAGACCACUGGCCACUGUCUCAUUGGUGCCGAAACCGUCAAAGUCUCGACAAUUGCCCCUCAUUUUGGUGAGGAACCUUGCCUGCAGGGUCACAACGGUUCUGGCUCCGUCUUUUUCAGCGGCUGCAACCUUCGCUGUGUCUUCUGUCAGAACCAUGACAUUGCUCACCAGAGUGCCGGCUUCGACUUGACCCCAGAAGACCUUGCUAACUGGAUGAUGAAGCUCCAGGAAGUUGGUGCCGUCCAUAACAUCAACUUUGUCACCCCCGAACACGUUGUACCUCAGGUCGCCUUGGCCAUCCUAACCGCCAAAGACCUGGGCUUAAAGGUUCCCAUUGUCUACAAUACCAGUGCUUUUGAUAGUCUGGAUAGUCUCAAGUUGAUGGACGGUCUCGUCGACAUCUAUCUCCCCGACUUUAAGGUUUGGAAUAAUGAAACAAGCAAACGACUUCUCAAGGCUGAUGCCUACGCCGACGCCGCCAAAGAGAGUAUUCAAGAAAUGUAUCGCCAAGUCGGUGAUUUAUGUUUUACUCCGGAUGGCAUCGCGAAGAAGGGCCUGCUUGUCAGACAUUUGGUCAUGCCCGGCAAGGAACAGGAAGGUGUCCAGAUUAUGAAUUGGUUGGCUCAGUCUUUGGGUAAAGACGUCUUUGUCAAUGUUAUGGAACAGUAUUUCCCCACCGCACAUGUUGGGAAGGACAAGAGGGGCUCCAGUGAGGAGAAGCGAUAUUCAGAAAUCAAUCGACAUGUCAAUCCUGACGAAAUAGGCGUAGUCCAAAAAGCCGCACGAGAUGCCGGCCUUUGGAGGUUCGCCGAGGCAGCCAGACAUGGUGGGUGGAAUGUUUGA